CCGGGUUGGUCGGUUUGGUCGGGUUGGGCAUUCUUAUGAACAGCCCUACUCUCAAUCGUUCUCUCUACUUUCCAAUGCUAGUUUGAUGGUAGCAUGAAAUAUGGGGCUUCUCACUACCAAAAUCGAUUUAGAGGGAGGGACCCUAUCCACCCAAAACUCUAGGUGGUUCCUCCCAUUAGGGAACCACCUCAUGUGUUGACCAAUAGGAAUCACCCACAUCUCCUACCUUUCCUCAACCACUUUCCUAUUCUCUCUAAUCCUUAUCUCUUUUUCAAAAUUCAAAUUAGAGUUAGAAACUUGCUAGGAGAAAUACGAGAAAUUUUAGGGUUUACUGGCUUUGACUCAACUAAAUGGGAGUCGUCAAUGACUACAUGUAGGGCUAUAUACAUUUGUAUUUGUGGGCCUUAUACUAGCAAAAUCCACUUCAAACGCUCUCAACAGUAUAGACUGUGGCCCCCAACAGCCAAAGUUAUCCCCUUCAAAUGGCCAUGUUGAAGUCACAUAAAUGGUAUCCAUAAAGUCUUUGUGUUACUAGUUCCUUGAUUCUAUCUUAAUUAGUGUCAAAUAUUGGUACUAAUUUAUUUAUUUAUUCAUUCAUUUUUUAAGUGAAGGCAUAAGUUCCCACUGCUUCUAAGCUGUCAUAAGAUCUCUUAGGUUCUGCUCAUUUGAUGUGGGGACUGUAGAACUUGAAAAAUAUAAAUGCAAUAUCCGGUGGCUAUAUUUGAUGGCUUCAAUUAAUUAUCUCUAAAAGAAUUACUGGAAUCCUUUGGUUUUCCUUGUGGACCCCCCAAAUAGAAACAAUCUCUCUCCACUGAUAGCUAAUACAAUCAAAUUAUAGUUUAAUGGUAGAUCCAUUUGGAAUCCUACCUAGAUGGGAUUGGUGAGGCUUUCUCCAAAAAAGAUGGCAUCAUUUUAUGGCAUUUGUUGGGUCCAAUGGAGAAGUUGAUUCCAUGGGGCUUUCCUUAUAUACAGAUAAACAACUUUAUAUUUUUUCCCUGGUAAUUGAGAUCAACUCCAACAUGUUAUUGUGAUGCCAAAAAGGUGGGUUAUGGACAUUGAAGACUAAACUUAUUUCCUUAACGAAAUAAGGGGAUCUAUGGAUUUGUUGAAUGCCCAGGUUAUAUGGAUCCUGAGAUAGUUGACUACCACUGCUGAUGUGGGGGCCAAAUUGAGAAUUGACAGGGCCUUAGUACACUGCUUAAAUAGAAUUUGAUUAGGAGUGCGCAAUAUUUUUGUUCAUAUUUUGUGCAUAUCUAUACAUCCUUUUUUGUAUGUUAUUUUCUCUUUUUCUAUAUAAUAUAAAUUAUAUAAUUCAUCUAAAAAGGUUUAUGGUUUCAAUGUCGAUCUUUUUAAAGUGUAUCAGGUUCUAAUCUGCUAUUAUUCUGUUUAAUACUAUUAAAAUCCAGAUUCUGUGUGUUUUUCUAGUUCAUCUCUGAAAACUGGUCUUUAGGAAAAUGUAGGCUUGAGUGAAUAUAUUACUGAGGCAAAAACACAUGGUAAAAGAGGAUCUCUUUACAGUCUCUGAAAACUGCUUUGGACAGCUGCUCUUGACAGGUGCUUCAAAAAGGAAAAGUUGGUAAGGAGGGGAAUUGAGCUGUCGAGCAAUACUUGCAUUUUGUGCAAUGAGGUUCCAGAGACUACUAACCGCUUGUUUAUCCAUUGCAAAGUCACGGAUGUUCUGUGGGUGAGGGUGAAAGGAAUCUGGGGUGAGAGGGUGCAAUCCAGAACCUGUGGUUGAUUUCCUUGAGCUGGAAUCUUAAGGGGUUUAGCAAAGAUGGUCCAUUAUUUGGAAGACUUCUAUUCGUGCCGUGAUGUGGACAAUAUGGACUGAGAGGAACCUGAGGAUUUUUGAAAAUAAAUUUGAAACUGAAGAUACGCUGAAAUCUGUUUUGAAGGACAGAAUUUUAUCUGUGGGUUAGUGUGCAUAGGUUAUUCCAAAGUAAAUAUAUGUAUGUACUUAUGCAUGAUCAAUACAUGUCUAAUAUAUUUUUUUUAGUUCAACUAUAUAUUUAUUAUAUUUUAAGGAAUGUGUUUAAUGCAUUCUAUAGUUUUUGUGUUGAUUUUCCAAAUUUAACAUUAUAUAAUUAUAGGAUCCAAAGUAAAUAUAUGUUAGAUGUGCUAAACAUAUCUAAUACAUAAAUAUAUAUGUACUCAUUGCAUGAUGAAUACAUGUUUAAUAUAUAUAUUUUUUUAGUUCAAUUAUGUAUCUAUUAUAUUUUAAGGAAUGUGUUUAAUGCAUUCUAUACUCCCCCCCCAAAAAAAAAAAAUAAAAUAAAAUAAAAAUAAAAAUAAAAAAAGGUUAUAUCCGGAACCAACAUUUGUCCCCUAAUUUUCUUCUCUAAGCAGAUACUCCUAACUUGUGCUUCUGGCUGAAGGAUCUGUCAAUUUGAGGAAUUUCGUUCCUUUGGACUUGUUACAUAGUUCAAUGUAAAGUCUGGCCUGUGGUAAUUUUGCAACUUGAUUGUUUCAGUGAAGUUUCUAAUGAUUGAUCCCAGAUGGAUUGCUGGAUUCACCAUGUAGGUAAAAAGUCUGCCAAAUAUAGUUGAAUGAUGCAAGGUACAAGUGAUGAAAUGGUGAAAUGCUUGGCUUGAUAUUGUUUAGUUACAUUGACGGUUGUUGAUAUGAUCAGGAUUGGUACCAUAAGGUACACAUUUUGAUACUGUAGAAAGUUGGUCUGUUCCUGGUAUUUCAUGGUGGAUAUGCAUCACCAAGGUCAAAUUCUGAUCCAUAUUGGCCAGUAUCAACCAAUGUGUAUCAAUUCUUUUCUUGGACUUGGUGCAGGUCACUAAUGAUUUUGGACUAGACUUUUUCAAAACUUGAUAUUGAAAAAUGCUUCUAAGUGCUCAUUAACCAUGGCCUCGUCUUUUUUAGCUAUCCUAUACCAAAAAAUAGCUUUCUUGAUUCUGUUGUAAUAAUAAACUAUGCAUUGUGAUUUUACAUUCUUAUCAGAGUCUUUUAUGACUAUUAACUGUGGUUUUAGACUUUCUGGUUAUUGUUUUGGUAUCUUAUACAACCGACGAUUACUUUGUCAUAUUGAUGUCUACUGAAGUGCAGCUUAGAAGAAAUAUAACCAUAAAGGAAGGAAAAUUUCCAGAACAGAAACAUGUGGAAAGUGAUGAUGAUUUCAAUGUCCAUAAGCAGAUUGAAGUUCUCGUUAGAAAACUAGAAGAGAAAGCAGGUGAAAUAGAAGAUCUUGAAGCUCUUAAUCGAACUCUAAUGGUUAAAGAACGCAGAAGUAACCUUGAGCUACAGGAAGCACGCAAGGAAUUGAUUGAUGGUUUGCAGCAGUGCUUUAAUAGUGCCACUAAAAUUGGGGUCAAGCGAAUGGGGGAGCUUGAUCAGAAACCAUUUCGAAAUAUUUGCGUGCAGAAGUUUCCAGCUGAAGAUUGGAAUAUGGAGUCUGUUAAACUGUGCUCAUUAUGGCAGGAGAACAUUAAAAGUUCAGAUUGGCACCCUUUCAGAAAAACCUUAAUUAAUGGGGACCUCCAAGUAUGUAGCCAAUCUCUCAAAUUUGUUUAUAUUUCUUCUCUUUUAUGGCCCUAUUCACCAACUAUGAAGAAAGGGCAUAAGAAAUAAGAAACUAUGGUCCAUGGUUAAUCUAGCAUUUUCUGGGUUUGUGAAGUAUAACAUCUGAAUAUUGCCGGAAGUAAUAGAUGACAGCGAUGAGAAACUAAUAGAAUUGAAGGAGUGGGGUAUUGAAGUGUAUGGUUCUGUAUGUAAUGCGUUAUUAGAGAUAAAUGAAUACAAUGCAAGUGGGAGAUAUGCAGUUCCUGAACUUUGGAAUUUUGCGGAAGAAAGGAAAGCCAACUUGAAGGAGGUUAUUCAGUAUAUUCUGAAGCAAUUGAAGAUCCGCAAGGCUCGUAAGAGUCGAAGACGAUAAAGUAAAAUGUCAGAGCUUUUGUCUUUCAUUAUAUGUAAUUAUGUAUUCUAGUUGAAGAGAACUUGGAUCGGAGCUGCUGGGGAGGGUAAAUCAUGGGCCUUAGUCAAGUUUGGCUUCUCCUUCAUUCAAAUGGGUGCAAAGCUCAGCCAACUUGGUUAUAGAUUCUCUAGCUUGAGAGCAUGUAAGUGGACUUCUGGCAAUUGCAGGCUAGCCUUGGACUUCUGGCAAUUGCAGGUUAGCCUUGGGUGUCUCUCUUUUGGAGGAUAUAUGUUUGUUUGAGGUUUCAGUUUAUCAAAGGAGACUUGUCUGUUAUGGAGACCUUAAAUUAAAAGAGGAGUUAACAUAAAUAGGUUUUCUUCUUUUGUGCGUGUUCAGGGUGGGGUAUGCAGGUAUUGUGUUGUCCUUUUUUGGUUGAAGGGCUUUGCAACAGCCAAGUCUGUUGUGUUGUGGUAGCAUUUGCCAUUUUCUUUUUUCUUUCUAAUGCCACUUAUUAUGGUCUUCUCUUGCACUGUCUUCCAAAAUGAAUCUCACGUGACUGUCAUACGCCUGUUUAAGCAUUUCUAAAAAACAUCAUAAGGCUAUG